UCUCUCUCUCUCUCUCAGUCUUUUCCCACUUAUGUGGACGGAAGAUAUGGAUCUGGAGACGCGCUUCUUGGAAGACAGAGGGACUGGUAAAGGCAGAAGUAUUAAGGGGAGGGUUGAAUGGAGAGGAGCGAGGCACCGACGCACACCCCUCUCUCCGUGGCGCUCACACGCAGCCUGAUGUCGGGCCGCAGGGUUGGAUUCUGCCUCAGCGCGAAGAAGCGCAGGAGGGUCAACCUGGACGCGUUUGCAGACUUCUGUGCGGGCCAUGGCGUGGAAGUUGUGGAGAUCGACCUCGCUCAGCCACUGGCGCCCCAGGGACCCUUCGAUGUCAUCGUUCACAAACUGUCUGACGUCAUCGUGGAGGCUGAGCACGACAGCCAAUCACAGCAGCUCCUCGCCAACUUCCAGAGCUUCAUGUCCGCUCAUCCCAGCACAGUUCUUCUGGACCCCCUGCCCGCCAUGACCCAGCUGCUGGACCGCUUUGCCUCUUAUCGGAUCAUGAGCAAGCUGCACAAAUCACUCCGAGACUGGCGCGUCUGCAGUCCUCCUUACCUGGAGAUCCACAGUGACCUGUCGUCCGUUCAACACGCUGUGACGACGCGGGGCCUCAGCUUUCCUCUCAUUUGUAAAACCCGAGUGGCGCACGGCUCACUUUCCCACGAGAUGUCUCUGAUCUUCAGUGCAGGGAGUCUGGCUGAUGUCCACGCUCCCUGCGUGCUCCAGAGCUUCGUCAACCACGGAGCAGUUCUGCACAAGGUGUUUGUGGUGGGAGACAGACACUUCUGCGUCGAGAGGCCUUCACUCAAGAACUUCCCGUCUGGUCCUUGUGACAGGAAGACCAUCUUCUUCAACAGCCAUCAGGUGUCCAAACCAGAGUCGAGCUCUGAUCUCACAGCACUGGACGAGCAGAUGCCGGGCCUGCCCCCCCCCAGCUCUGAGGCCGUGGCCGCCCUGGUCAGAGAGCUCCGGGUUCAGCUUGGCAUGGCCCUGUUCGGCGUGGACAUCAUCAUCAACAUACACACACACACCCUCACCGUCAUCGACAUCAACAUCUUUCCAGGCUAUGAGGGAGUGCCUCAGUUUUUCCCGGCCCUGCUCAGCCACAUCGAGUCCGUGUUGGACGAACAGGCGACACAGACUACAGGAGCGGCUGCAACACCCGGCCUUUAAGUCCCUUCAGGAGCACAUCACGGAUUGUAUAUUGUUUAUUGGACAAAUUAAGUCAUUUUCACUGUUUUGUUGGGACCAAACUCGAGACUUUAAUAAGUUUAAUAAGAUAUUUAUAAGUGAAAUGACUGAUGUAAAUCACACUACUAAUUGUAUGUCGUUAAGUGAUUUGAAAACACAUGUUUAAUACACUUUCCGUUUAUUGAUUGACAGGUAGCAUAGAAGAAGAUACAGCAGGCACAGAAUACAGCACUCUGAUUGGCCAGUAAUAUUACAAAUGGUGUCUUUGUUCUCGUUUUAGUUCUCCCCUGUUGUUGGAAACACACACAUAUCCUACAUCUCUCUUGCUGGUUUGUAAGAUACAUGUUGUGGAAACAUGUUUUGCUCUAAUAUAGAAAAAAGAAAACGGUACAUUAAUUUUCCACCUCCUCUUUGGAACAGUAAGGAGCCCGUCAGUGUUGACUGAUCGUGUUAUAUCUCUACGUGUUUACACAAGUUCACCGCCCGGCUACUGUUCAAAUACAUAAAUGUACUGUAAAUCUUGGCUGUGUAGAAAAAGAGAUUAUAUCUGCUAUACGAGUACGCUAUGAUGCACUUUGAUAACAUAUUAAAAGACAUGAAAUUAUUCGUUAUUUGGCUAAUUAUUGCAUUCACAUGUGCUGUUGUCUAUAUUGUGUUAUUGCAGUAAGCAACCCAGUUAAUCCUGCCCUGUGUGCACUUCUACCCAGUGUCCUCUUGGGGGCGCUGUAGCUUCAUAUUUCCUAUGACCUUGGCUUACAGACCAUGAUAUCUGAUAUUUACACAAAGGACAUGACAGCCACGGAAACUGCGACGUAACACUACUGAGCGUGCAUCAAUGUUAUUGUCUGUGCUGCUGUUA